CGCCGGGGGGCCCCGAGAAGGGCCCCCAAAGUAACCAAGAUUGUUCGCCGUAGCCAUUUUGGCCGAAGAAAGCCCAAGGGCUCAAGCGCAACCUUCCCGCCACCUGUCUCAGCGCACCACUCAGGCCCUCGUGAUGGUGCUGGAGGCUCAGCUGCAGCAGGCCAUGCUGCUGAAGAAGGUGGUUGACGCCAUGAAGGACCUGUGCAAGGACGUGAACUUCGACUGCUCAGAGAAGGGACUUCAGGUGCAGUCCAUGGACAGCUCGCACGUGGCCCUGGUGUCGCUGCUGCUGCGGGAGUCUGCGUUCGCGGAGUUCAAGUGCGACAGGCCGACCUCGCUGGGCAUGAACGUGGACUCGCUGGGCAAGAUCCUGAAGAUGUGUGGGCAGAACGACUCGCUGAAGCUGCGCGCGCAGAAUGAUGCAGACGUCGUGAGCUUUCAGUGUGAGAGCGGGGAGGACGACCGGAUUGCCGACUUCGACCUGAAGCUAAUGCAGAUCGAGAGCGAGCACAUGGAGAUCCCCGAACAGCACUACAAAGUUGUGGCCAAGCUGCCGUCAGCGGAGUUCCAGAAGAUCUGCCGCGACCUCAAGGAGUUCGGGGAGACGAUGCAGGUGAAGGCCACCAAGGAGGGCAUCACGUUCACAGUCCAGGGUGACAUGGGCGCUGGCAACGUCAUGCUGAAGCCGCGCGCGGCGGAGAAGCCCGAGGAGGCGGUGAGCCUCACAGUCCACGAACCGGUCUCUGCCACCUUCGCGCUGCGCUACCUCGUCAACUUCGCCAAGGCCGCGCCGCUGUGCGGCACGGUCGAGCUCGGCCUCGGCCCGGACGCGCCCCUGCUCGUGAGGUACAGCCUCGAGAACGCGGACAACGGCCACCUGCAGUUCUACCUGGCACCGAAGAUCGACGAGUGAGGCGCCUGGGGCCUGCGGGCGCGAGCGCCAAGCUGCCACUUGCGCGAGCCCAGGGGUGGGGGGUGUGCGCACUCGGCGGCAGCCCUGCUGGGAGCGGUCGCUGCGCCUCGGGCAGCUGCCGCACCACAGGCAGGCGCCGACACCAAUGGCAUCACUCAUUGGAAGGGUCUUCGGCGGGGGGAAAA